AAACAUUAAACCACCUUACCUCACACACGCUGCUGUUGAACCAUCUAACAGCAGAAAGGGGGGAAGAGGACCCAAGACAGUGGACAAAGAGCCCCUAAAAGAUUUUAUAGUAAAUCUGACGCACAAGCACAAACUGAAAACAUGCAGAAUAAUCAAGAGAAUCAAGAAGCUCAAUCACAUGAUACUGGUCUUUCAGAACACCUGUCUCCUAAUAAAGCGGCACAAUCACGGCCAUCUAAUUGUCACCGGAAGGUGAAAAGAAAAACGUGUAAAGAAAAAAAUCUGACUGUUCAGGUUGGAAGGUCCAGACGAAAUAUUGUCCCACCCCAGCGUUUCUCUUCCUAUGUCACUGAGCCACGAAAGAUGUAUUUUGCUGCUUGUUUUUCAGAAAGUAUAUUCAUCAAGCAUUCCUCUAUAGAUGGCACCUCAACAGCACUUUGUUCCACAGCAGAUACUGUCCAGCCAAGUAAUAUAUGUGAUAAACAGCCAUUCAUACCUGAAGAUAAAAACCAAGGUCGUGAUGUGCCACAAAACAUAGCUUUACUGAAAGAUAACAUUUUAUCCAAAAAAGUGUCACUUUGUGAGCAAGAGAAUGGUGGAAGGAAUGCCUUUAAAGAGAGUCCAAGUAAAAGGAAAAUGUGCCAGAAUUCCAUAUCGCCGUCAAAAAGAUCUAAACCCCACAGAACUAGGAGUCUAGACACUGUCUCAAACAGUCCUACUGAAACUAUGCCUAACUCUACUACCAUUAAGAGUAGUGCCAAAGAGAGCCAGAGAGGACUGAAAUAUAAUAGUCCGAUAAAGCUAAUGUUUGUUUCUUCUGUGACUAGUGAAGAUGGUGUAAAAUAUACACUCAAAGCAGCCACCAAUAAUUCAAAUUCACGUGAAGAGAUGUUUGAUCCAUGUGUGGAACCCUCAUGGGCAGGCAGUGUCUUUGAAGAAAAAGAUUCAGUCAUGGAAGCUGCUUCGGGGAGAACUGUUGACUGCUGUUCUUCACCAAAAGAAGUACCUUCACCGGUAGCAUCAUUGCCCAGUUGUUCAAAAGAUGAAAGUGAUAACCCAGAAACAAAACAAAUUGCACAUCAAACCUCCCCAGUAAAAAGACGUCCUGGGCGCCCUAAGAAAUUAGGACCACAUAUUGUUAAGUCUGUUAAACGUCCCAUUGGCAGACCUCCAAAACCAAAAAUGACAGAUUCAAAUGAUUCAACGGGCAAGACUGGUUCUAGUUCGGUGGAUCAUAGAACAACAGAAAUGUCUUGUAAGGAUGACGGAAACAAAAAUCUAAAAAUUACCAUAGUUUAUGGGAGAUCAAGAAAGGCAAGGAGAGUUGUUUCUGAGGAUUUUGAUAAUUUCUCAGCAUACCAGAAUGCUUAUGAAGUGUCUAAUAGUGGCAGGUACAGUGAAACCUGUUCUGGAAAAAUAACUAGUAAUGAUCAAAUGGCCAAAGAACAGUUAAAGGACCUCAAUUUUGUUAUGCCUUUUGAAGAUAAGAAAUGCGCAGUCUCUUCCAGCAGCAACAUCAAAUGUCAAAGGCAGAGUGACAUGGCCAUGUCUAGAAAACCUGGAAGACCUCCCAAGGUCAAGAUUUCUGGAAUAUCUGUCACGGUCACCUCAGAAUCACCAAGGCAAAGAAAGAUACACAUGAAAAGAGAUACAAAAGAUUCACAUCUGCUCCGAAGGAGUCUUCUCGUCGAAUUUCAACCUUCCAAAGAGCAGAAGACAAUCGAUAUUCCUACUGACGUUCAAAAAGACACACUGAAUGCACCGGAAAAAUGCAGUCAGAAUUCCAGAGGGCCACUUAAGCCGUUGAGACAUUCUGUUAGAGAACGAAAGCCCUCCAUUCAUUUGCUUCACUCUGUUGCUACUGCCAGGUCCUGCGCAUUGGUUCGUAGGUCCCGAAAACUACUGCUAAGUAAGGCCACCAGUGAUGCCGGCCAUUCUGCGAAGAGCAAACACGAAGAGCUCCCAAACAAUGCACUUUCAAUAAAGACCAAGAAUGUUAGUUGCAUGCAAGACAUUGUUCGUUUUUCUGCAGUUUCAGUCGACCCAAUUUUCUCAUCAAAUGAGGGUUUUAGGUGGUGGACCACCUCAGCAUCACCCGAGACCCUAAAUGAAGAGUUAGCCAGGAGGAUCCGGUUUAUGUCCAAUACCUGGGUAUCGGAUGUCUUGGAAGCCAACAAGGCAGAGAUGAAAACGAAUUCUAAUCCAAAAACCUGUAGGAAGCUUAAUGGUUCUGCUAAGAAAUCUGCUUCUGCCAUCAAAAUGCUUUUUGGGAAUAACUACGAUAUCGAGAAACUCUGUUCUUGGUUUAUGCAGACCACCGAAACUCAGUCCCUUGCGAUUGUCAAGAAAGCAAGUGUGAGAAAUCCCAAGGAGGAGGCCUUUCACUACAAUCCCAGCAGACCCAAUUGUAAAGUGAAUGUUUGCCCUAGUCCACAAGCAGAGCGGCUCAGGAAACAUGUCAAAAAAUUUGCUCAAGUUGUCCCAAAGAGUCCAUUAAUGCACAAGCAAGCACAGGAAAUGCUGUACAAGGCAAGGAGGUCACAAGUCAAGAGAAAGCUCUUUAACACAAAACCAUUUAAACUGAGGAAUGGCACUGGGCAGCAGUUGUCUAGGUCUACAUGCACAUGGGUAGUCUACAGAACUGCUUUGCUUCGAGCGAGACUGAAGUUUCAAACCAGGUGCAGAAAAACAUUUUCUGGUAGGUGUCACAAAAUCUAUAGCAGUCGUACGAGAACAAUGACUACAGGUGCUCAUACUGUUGAACUUUUGAAAGAAAUGCCUAACUUUGUUAACAAGACACCUGCACCAGUUAUGAAAAUGUAUAAUACAUUAAAGCAUUCAGUAAAAAAUCCAGGUAUAAUCAGAGCUUCUCAAAAAAUGCAGGGGAUUUCAAAAAUUUCGAAGAACCGAAUCGGCUCCAAAGCAUGGAGCCCAGAAUCCCUGAAGGAGUGCAGUGUGUUUCUGAAAAAGAUCAACUCCCCAAACACAAAGUCAAUGACAGAGGAAUGUAACAUUUGCACAGUAAAGCUAUGUGAUGUCUCUUCAGAGGAAGAGGAAAAUGAGAGAAAUGGGGACAUUACAGUGGGAGGGGCAGUUAACUCUCUAGUACAGCUGCCCUCGUCCCCAAAAUGCCAGAGCACUGGAGGAAGAAAAAGAAGGAAAUGGAAAAGCUCCAGCACAAGUCCAUCUCCCCCAGCCAAAAUGCUCAGACAAUCAAGGAGCAGCAGGGGUGUUCUGGGAGCAAGGUGGUGUGACUUUGUGCUUGGGUCAUUGAAAUAACUUGGGGGCCAGUUUCCAGCAAGAUAUUCUUGAACUUGAAACAUAAGGUGCCUUUUAACAGUGGUCUGGCUGAGUAUCACAAGUAUUGUGACAUGCAACCUCAGCAAGCAACAUGUAGCAAAAAACUUUUAAGACACUU